GUCUCAUCCCAGAAGCCAUGCCGUUCAACUUUAACAAGGGCGGAGGUGGCGGUGGCGGUUUCAACUUUAACAAGGGGGGAGCAGGGAACAAGGCAGGUGGAGGAGGAGGCUUCAACUUUGGAAACAAGGGCGGCGGAGCAGGAGGCGCGGCAGGAGGUGGUGCGGCUGGAGGUGGCGGUGGCUUCAAUCUCAACAAGAACAAGGCAGGUGGUGGUAGUGGUGGCGGUGGCUUCAACUUUGGAAACAAGUCCGGGGCCGGUGGGGCCAGUGGUGCAAAGGGCGGCUUCAACUUUGGUGGCAACAAGAGCAAUGCAGCUGGUGCAUCCAACGCGGGCCUCGCCGGUGUGGCCCUCGCCUAUGAUCCCAUCAAGGCCGCCAUGGACUCGAUCCUCGCCGCCUUUUCGGCAGAUGCAAGCAACCCGCACUGCCACUUUCAGUUUAUGUUCUACAAUGUCCUGCCCGAGGGCAUGGUCCGCCCCAUGCGCUCGUCGGGCUCGGGCGUGCUCGCGCAGCAGGCCGAGAAGAACAACCCGGAUCCGUCGCGGUACGUCCCGGUGCCGGCCCGCGGCUUUGCCGACCUUGCCACUCGGUUGACAGCACAGAAGGACAUGGCGAGCGCGCACGCCAAGGCACUCGACUCGAUCGAGGCCGAGAUCACCGCCAUCCGCAGCCGUCACCGCGACACGCUCGAGAAGCUCAGGCUCUGCCGCGAGCAGCACGCCAAGCUCCGCCACGAUGUUCUCUGCAUCAUGAAGCGCAUCGAGGUCUGGCGCUCGCGUGGCAAGCCGAUUACGCCCGAGGAGGAGCGCAUCCGCUCCAAGCUCGAGUUCCUGCAGCGCGAGCUGUGCAAGCCGACCCAGUUCCGCGCCCGGCUCUCCGAGCUCGAGGCCCUCUUCCAGCUGCAGGAGAAUGAGGACGCGCAGCCCGAAGAGUACAACGUUGUUGAUGAGGACGGCAUGCGCAAGAUCUUCAUGUUCCUCAAGGAGCAGUCGCGCGGCCUGGACCACCUCUCGCACAUCCUCAAGAGGGACCUGCGCGACGUUGAGAUCAUCCGCCGCGGCCGGUUCCCGCAGCAAUGAACACCACACACAUAUCC